UAUAAAGGCAAGUUUAUUGAUCCUUGUACAAAAAAGCAACACUCUUUAACUACUAGCCAACAAUUAUCUCAAACAGAUUUAAAUAAGAUAAGACAACCAGCUCUAUCUAAAGAAUUAAAUAGUCUAAGUCAAUUAAGUAGCCUAAGCCAACAAUCGGUAACAACAAUUGAUUCGUUGUCAGAUAUAAAAAGAGAUAAUAAUAAUGAACUUUUACCUAGCCUUGAUAUAAAUAACUUAUCAUUUUUACCAAAAAAAUACCAACAAACAUCAAAAUUAGCCGAAGAUAUUCAAUAUAGCAAUAUUAAUAAAUUUGAAGAUUAUUCAGUACCAAACAUUGAUUAUGAAAAUGAAUCUCAACUUAAACUUAGAAUACCAUCUACUACUGAAAUUUUAAUUAAAUAUAUUCAUCAACUAUUAUGUGAGUUUGGUGAUGAAAAUCUUUUUAAAGAUUUUCCAACCUCAAUGUUUAUGCUUCGAAAACAUCUUAAAAUCAGUAACUUUAUAACAUAUUCAGUAUGUCCAAAAUAUGACAAACUAUAUACUAAAAAAGAGGUUGUUGAUUCAUGGGAUAAUAAUAGACAAUUAUCA